GCAGGCUACAAAACAGGCUAUCAAUCGGAAAAUUGCACAAGCUGCAUCAAUUGAUUUACAGUCUCGCAGUCUACCUGCCAAAAUUUGUAUAGAGGCUGAUGAUCCUGAGGAUGUGAACGAAAACGUUUGCAAGUUGGUUCUGGACUUGUUUUUUGUUUGUGGUUUAUCUGCCACUUAGCUAUGAUGCAGAUGGAGCAACUUGAAGUCACACAAAAUAAGCGGCAAAAUGCUUGGCAGCAAUUCCAGUCAACCAAACCCAACAAUUGAGGCNGUGAAUCAAUUUUACCACCCUCAAUCCAUUCUACCACCUUCUCUGAUAUCAGUCUUGAGCUCAUCAACAUCAGAUGGAGAAUUGGAUUUCUUAAGGAAACGACAAGUAGUGUGGGAGGAAUCCUCGGGACCUAUAUAUUAUAUGCUUAGGAAGGACAUUUGUAGCCUUUUCUAUGCAAGUUUGCGAAAGCUUGAGGAACAACCUGAGUGGUUGAAGGGUGGAAAGCUCCGUGAUUAUCAACUAGAGGGUCUGAACUUUCUUGUUAACAGUUGGAGAAAUGAUACAAAUGUCAUUUUAGCUGAUGAAAUGGGCCUUGGAAAAAUUGUUCAGUCAGUCUCGAUGCUUGGUUUUCAUCAGAAUGCCCAGCAAAUCCAUGGUCCUUUUCUUGGAGUUGUUCCGCUCUCCAGUUUAUCAAAUUGGGCCAAAGAAUUCAGGAAGUGGCUUCCUGAAAUGAAUAUUAUCAUAUAUGUUGGUACUCGAGCUAGUCGAGAGGGUUAUGGAGCAGAGUCUGCUGAGGAGAAGCAGAGGCUUUUGAAGUUGAUGAGAAACUUCAAUUUUAAUGGGGAGUCUGGUUCAGAGCCAUAUACACCCACGGCCAUAAACUUCAAUUUUAUCCCAGUAUUUAAUCACCUUAUUUUUGCUUCACUAUGGAUGUUUGCUUGUCUUUGUUUUGCUCGAUUACUUCAUGUGGUUUUGAUAGUUUAAUUUCAAUUGAAAAUAACUGUUUUAAAAGUCCUAGACUCGAAUGUUUCUGUAUAGUAUGCUGCCUGGUUUACAUUAGUGACAGGUUUGUGAACUAUAUGAAUUUUAUGAUAGAGUUUUAAUUUUAAUGAUUUGUUUU